AUGCUAUGUAAAACAGCUACUCACAGUUUUUCUUCAUGCCGCUUUCAAGAAACUUGCUUGCGGGUUCUUUCUUGCUGCAAUUCACACUCCCUCAAGGAGGGAAUUUGUGUUCAUAGCCCCAUAAUCAAAGUGGGUCUUCAAGAUGACUUGUAUUUGAACAACAAUUUGUUAUCUUUAUAUGCUAAAUGCUUUGGAAUUGGACAAGCACGCCAUUUCUUUGAUGAAAUGCCUUAUAAGGAUGUUGUGUCCUGGACUACGGUUCUGUCUUCUCACACCAGGACUAAGCAUCAUUUUGAGGCCCUUGAAUUGUUUGACAUGAUGCUAGGUUCUGGUCAAUACCCCAACGAGUUCACCUUGUCCAGUGCCUUAAGAUCUUCUUCUGCUUUGGGAGAGUUUGAGCGUGGGACUCAAAUUCAUGCCUCUGUGGUAAAGCUUGGGUUAGAGCUGAAUCCUGUUCUGGGUACUACUUUGAUUGAUUUAUACACCAAGUGUGAUUGUACUCUGGAAGCAUACAAAUUGCUUGCAUUCGUGAAGGAUGGUGAUGUUGUGUCUUGGACAACAAUGAUAUCUUCGUUAGUUGAAACUAGUAGAUGGAGUGAAGCUCUGCAAGUCUAUGUCAAAAUGAUUGAAGAGGGUAUUUACCCGAAUGAGUUCACAUUUGUAAAACUUUUAGGCGUGUCUUCUUUUCUUGGUUUGGGAAUCGGUUAUGGGAAACUACUACAUGCACACUUAAUCAGAUUUGGUGUUGAAAUGAAUUUGGUCUUGAAGACAGCCAUUGUUGAUAUGUAUUCAAAAUGCAGACGGAUGGAAGAUGCUAUUAAGGUCUCAAAUCAGACACCUGAAUACGAUGUGUGCUUAUGGACCACCAUUAUCUCUGGAUUAACUCAAAAUUUGCAGGUUAGGGAGGCUGUCAAUGCAUUUCUUGAUAUGGAAUUGUCUGGAAUCCUACCAAAUAAUUUUACAUAUGCUAGUUUAUUGAAUGCUAGCUCCUCAAUUUUAUCAUUGGACCUAGGGGAACAGAUUCAUUCACAGGUUAUCAUUGUUGGACUGGAGGAUGAUAUUUAUGUAGGAAAUGCACUGGUUGAUAUGUACAUGAAAUGUUCCCGCAUCACAACAAAUGCUGUGAAAGCUUUUAGAGGGAUAAUCUCACCAAAUGUCAUCUCUUGGACUUCUUUGAUUGCUGGUUUUGCAGAACAUGGCUUAGAAGAAGAAUCUUUUCAGUUGUUUGCUGAGAUGCAAGCAUCAGGAGUGCAACCAAAUUCCUUUACACUAUCUACUAUGCUUGGAACUUGCAGCAAACUCAAGUCUCUUGUUCAAACAACGAAACUCCACAGCCAUAUCAUAAAAACCAAAGCAGACAUAGAUAUAGCUGUUGGGAAUGCUCUUGUAGAUGCUUAUGCUGGAGGGGGGAUGGCGGAGGUAGCAUGGUCUGUUAUUGGCACGAUGAACCAGAGAGAUCCUAUCACAUACACAAGUUUAGCUGCAAGAUUAAACCAGAGGGGGGAUCAUGAAAUGGCAUUAAAAGUCACCACUCACAUGCACAAUGACGAGGUUAAGAUGGAUGAAUUUAGCUUGGCAAGUUUUUUAUCAGCUGCAGCUGGUUUAGGAACUAUGGAAACUGGAAAGCAGCUACAUUGUCAUUCUGUUAAAUCAGGCUUGGAGAGAUCCAACUCGGUUUCAAAUAGCUUAGUUCACUUGUACAGCAAAUGCGGUAGCAUGCACGAUGCAUACAUGGCUUUCAAAGAUAUAAAUGAACCUGAUGCUGUGUCGUGGAAUGGUUUGAUAUCUGGAUUGGCAUCAACUGGACAUAUAUCCUAUGCUCUUUCUGCGUUUGAUGACAUGAGGUUAGCAGGAGUUAAACCUAAUUCUGUUACAUUCUUAUCACUGAUUUUUGCAUGCAGCCAUAGUGGUUUAUUGGAUCUGGGUCUUGAAUAUUUCCAUUCUAUGGAAAAAACAUACCAGAUAACACCAGAGUUGGAUCACUAUGUGUGUUUAGUUGAUCUCCUUGGCAGAGGUGGUCGCCUAGAGGAAGCUAGGGGAGUAUUUGAAACAAUGCCUUUCAAGCCGGACUCAGUAAUUUGUAAAACUUUAUUAAAUGCAUGCAAGUUGCAUGGAAAUGUACCCCUCGGUGAACAUAUGGCAAGGAGAUGUCUUGAGCUUGAUCCAUCUGAUCCUGCAAUAUAUUUGCUGCUUGCAAACUUGUAUGACAAUGCUGGACUCUUUGAUUUUGGUAACAAGACUCGCUGGCUAAUGAGAGAAAGAGGCUUAAGGGGAAGUCCUGGGCAGUGCUGGAUAGAGAUAAGAAGCAAGAUUUAUCUCUUCUCUAAAGGAGAGAAGAUAGAUCAGAAUGAGAUUAAUGAAAAACUGGAGUCUCUUAUAACUCAGUUUAAGAAGAGAGGGUACCCAUACCACGAGAAUCAAGAUAAGUUAUACCACUCAGAGCAAUUAGCCGUUUCAUUUGGUCUUCUUAAUGUACCAACUAUGUCUCCAAUUCGCAUAAACAAGAAUUCACACAUCUGCCCUCACUGCCAUACUUUUAUGAUGCUUGUGACAUAUGUGGUUGGUAGGGAUAUUAUUGUGAGGGAUGGGAAGCGAUUCCAUUUCUUUAAGGACGGCCAGUGUUCAUGCAGAGGUCACUCAUAA